AAAGGUAAUUUAAUAGGGAAGAAAAGAUGAAAGGAAGGUGAAAGUGUAGGAAAUUUCUUGUAGAGGCAAUGAUUAAGAAGGAUUGUGAUCCGAUCUGUGAUUGAGAGGAAAGGAAGUUAUGGCGAGCAGGUACUGGGCUGUGUCUCUUCCCGUUCACGACUCCGCUUCUCAACUCUGGAACCAAUUGCAGCAGCGAAUCUCCACCCAUUCCUUCGACACUCCUCUCUACAGAUUCAACAUCCCCAACCUCCGCGUCGGAACCCUAGAUUCUCUCCUCUCUCUCAGCGAUGAUCUCGCCAAGUCCAACAAUUUCGUCGAGGGCGUCUCGCACAAGAUCAGGCGCCAGAUUGAGGAGCUCGAGAGGCUUUCCGGCACCGACGCCGGCGGCCUCACCGUCGACGGCGUCCCCGUCGAUUCCUACUUGACCAGGUUUGUUUGGGAUGAUGCUAAGUACCCGACCAUGUCGCCUUUGAAGGAGAUCGUCGAUGGUAUUCACAGUCAAGUGGCAAAGAUCGAGGAUGAUCUCAAGGUUCGUGUUUCAGAGUAUAACAAUAUCCGCAGUCAACUUAAUGCUAUCAAUCGAAAGCAAACUGGAAGCUUAGCAGUCCGUGAUCUUUCAAACUUGGUAAAACCUGAGGACAUUAUAACUUCAGAUCAUUUAACUACCCUCCUUGCAAUUGUUUCCAAGUAUUCACAGAAGGAUUGGCUCUCAAGCUAUGAAACGUUGACAAGUUAUGUGGUCCCCAGGUCUUCUAAGAAGUUGUUUGAGGAUAACGAAUAUGCUCUUUAUACCGUGACACUCUUCAAUCGUGAUGCGGAUAAUUUUAGAACUAGUGCACGGGAAAAAGGGUUCCAAAUUCGCGACUUUGAAUACAGUCCAGAAACACAUGAGAACCGAAAGCAGGAAUUAGAAAAACUUAUGCAAGAUCAGGAAAGAUUGAGGACUUCUCUGUUGCAAUGGUGCUAUACCAGUUAUGGAGAGGUUUUCAGUUCCUGGAUGCACUUCUGUGCUGUGCGUUUAUUUUCUGAGAGCAUUCUGAGAUAUGGUUUGCCACCAUCUUUCUUGGCAUGUGUUUUAGCUCCUACUGUAAAAUCCGAGAAGAAAGUCCGAUCCAUCCUUGAAGGAUUGAGUGAUAGCACAAACAGUGCAUACUGGAAGGCCGAGGAUGAAGUAGGUGCUGGGAUGGCUGGCCUAGCAGGUGGUGAUGCCGAUGCUCACCCCUAUGUUUCUUUCACUAUCAAUCUUGUUUGAAAGUUCGUUAAGGUGGCUCCUUUGGGCAGCAAUAAUGCCAAUGCGAACAGGGUUUGGAUGGAGAUAUUGUACAUUACGAUCAUAUUUCAUUCUUUCUUAUUUAUCUAUAUAAUUGAAGCAAUCAAAGUUUCAGGAGGGUCUAACGAAUUCAAUAUUAAGGGUAGCGUCUGGUGCCAGGAUCGACCAUUAGCAACUUGUAUUGUUUCUUGUUUCUUGUUUGCGAUUAUGAGAACUUGGAGAGGUGACACUUUUCUCAUCCCUUUAGAGAAUAAUACAGCCCUUAAGAGUGUAAUAAUAAAUUGUUAUUCGUAUGUAAUAAGGUUGUUUAGAGAUGUUUUGCUAUGCAUCUAUUUACAGUUACAUUAUUUAAAUAUUAAAAAAACAUUACAUUUUAUUUGCGA